AUGUUGUGUUUAUGUUUGUCCGCAGCCAAUCGUCGCGUGAUGGCGCAUGGAGUGCGCGCGGACGGCGUGGUGCUGGUGCGCGGCACUGGUGCUCGUGACGCUGGUCUCCGCCGGCCCGCGCUACAGCUCACGCAUCGUGCAAUCCGCGGCAUAAUAGUGGAGCCAGCAUCUCGUCGCUUGGAACCAGUGGAAGUGUUCCUCGGGGUCCCAUACGCUGGGGCUCCGGUAAGAUUAGCACCCCCACCCCCACCACCGACCUGGUCAGGUACCAGACUCGCCGACGCUUUUGCCCCCGUCUGUCCACAACGGUUCCCCGACAUAUCCAACAAGAGUGCAGCAUUAAUGAAAAUGCCACUGGGAACGUACAACGAGCUGAAAGUGACGGUGCCACUCCUGGCAAACCAGAGCGAAGACUGUCUUUAUCUGAAUAUUUACGUGCCCGGUAGCGGAGCGCGCGGCGUGGAAGCGCCUUACGCGGUGGUGGUGUGGGCUGGAGCCGCCUCACACGAGUGGGGCACCGCCAACAGCAUCGACGCGGCCGUACUGGCGGCCCGGGCGCAUCUUCUCGUCGUUACUCUCAACUAUAGGUUAGGUUUAUUAGGUUAUUUAACUCCGGGAGUAAAGUCUGACCCCGUACAGCUGGCUGGUGGAGCAGCUCUUUUAGAUGUAUCAGCAGCACUAGGUUGGGUACGACGCAAUGUCGCCGCGUUUGGAGGAGAUCCUCGAAGAGUUACGUUGGUUGGACAUGGCGCUGGUGCCGGAUUGGUCAACGCGCUUUUGAUGAUGCCGGAUAGUAAAGGUCUGGUAUCCCGAGUACUACUACUAAGUGGAUCAGCUUUAAGCCCUACAGCACUUACACCUGAUGCAGCACUAUCAAGAGAACACACGGCACAAGCACUUCGGUGUACACCAGAAUCGUCUAAUGAUGAAAAUUGGUUUGUGGAAUGCAUCCGAGCACGGCCCUUAGCAGCACUUCUAGCUGUCGAUGCUCCUCGAGCCCGCUUCCUUGCCGGCUGGGCACCAUCUGUGCCCGUAUCCAAGGACGCACCUACACAGUCUCAGGCACCAACCAGGGCACUUCAUGCCAGUGAAGCGUUCCUGGACUGUGCACUAGCAGUUGUUGUGGCUACGACAGAGAGUUAUAUGUUUUUCAACGAAGAAGAUAUACGGCAUGGGUUUGAGGAGGAGCACAGGAACCGCAUUCUUCGCACAUACGUCCGCAAUGUUUACCGCUUUCACCGGAACGAGAUAUUUGCGGCCAUCCGCAACGAGUACACGGACUGGGAGAAACCCAUCCAGCAUCCAAUCAAUAUCCGCGACGCGACACUGGAGUCUCUCAGCGAUGCUGCCGUUACCGCUCCAGCGCUGAGAGUAGCUCAGCUACAUGCGAGGAGAGGAGCCAAAACAUUCUUUGCACACUUCGCCCAUCAAAGUAAAGAUGCUGACUACCCACAGCGUUUGGGCAGCGUAUCUUAUGAAACGCUUCCAUACUUCCUCGGCCUCCCUUUGGUCGGAGGCAUGCAGUUUGCCCCUCGAAACUAUUCCCGGGGAGAUGUGGCAGUCGCGGAAAUGACCGUCUCUUUGCUAGCAGCUUUCGCCAAAACUGGAGACCCUACACCAAGAGUAGACGAAAGGCACCAUGAAGGGACGAGCUGGCCAAGAUAUGAUAUGAAUACGCAACAGUAUUUAAGUAUAGGUACUAAGUUGCGCGUGAAAUCCCACUACCGCGGUCACAAAAUGGCACUGUGGUUACACUUAAUACCUCAGCUACACAGACCGGGGGCCGCGCCCAGACACCACCAGUUUCGAUCUGUUCAUCCGGACAUGUUUGCAGGUGAAAUAUUUCCUGAACUGUACACAACAAGUACGACGUUAGACGAUGAAGAUGACAACACUGAGGCUGAAGAAGAUUCUUCAGAAGUUGAAGAAUGUGAACCAUCUCCGUCCCCACGACCAGCACUCUCAGCGCUGCCAGCACCGCAACCUUCGCCUAAAGAAGACUCCUUAACAACUAUUGAUUCACAGUAUUACAGCUAUACGGUAGCUCUAGGAGUAACGGUUGGAGCUGGCUGCUUCCUCUUGGCGCUCAAUGUGCUGGUAUUUGCGGGCAUCUACCUUCAACGAGGACGGAGGAGGACCGUGCAUCGCAGACCCCGGAGAGAAGGUAGCUGCAACAGCCGCAGCGGUGGUUCACUAAGCAACGAACCCGCCUUCAUAACUUCACCACGAAAGAGCACACUCAAGCGCAGCUGCGAGUCAGAACUAAAAGAGAGGCCGGUCUCAGGAGCGCAACCUCCAAAAAAGCGAGUGCAGAUACAAGAGAUAUCUGUAUAG